AUUUUUCAACUCUGCAACUUUUAUUUUGUUUUGCCACUUGUAUGUUUGUUUUCCCAUCAUUUUACUGUUGUUCGUCGUAUUUAGCGGCCGGUUUAUAAUGAGAGCAUACGCAAAUAAUCUUGGGUCGUUGCUUCGACCACAAUUUAACAUUAAUACAAGAAUACAAACGCAAGUACCAGGCUAUGGGCGAAGGUUGCACAGUGAUGCGCCGAAUGUGGCGCCGGCGAAAGUUGUUCCCGCGACUGAGGCUCGGCCUCCGCUGACGGACCUGCUGGGCCGACGACAUGACUACCUUCGGAUUUCUCUCACGGAACGCUGCAACUUAAGAUGUCAGUACUGCAUGCCAGCAGAAGGCGUGCCGCUGUCUCCGCGCGCCUCGCUGCUGUCGCGGGACGAGCUCGCACACGUGGUGCGUGUGUUCGCGGCGUUAGGGGUGAGGAAGGUGCGCCUCACUGGAGGGGAGCCCACGCUGAGGGCGGACCUGGCUGACAUUAUACAGGACAUCUCAAGCGUGGAAGGCAUCGCGAGCGUCUCCAUUACAACGAACGGCCUGGUUUUAACCCGACGACUUCCAGCGUACCAGCGGGCGGGGCUUAGCGCUGUCAAUGUGUCGCUGGAUUCCUUGCGGCCGCAGCGGUACGAACACAUGGCCAGAAGACCGGGGUUAUCGCGAGUGUUGGCCGGCAUAGACCUGGCGCUGCAGCUCGGGUACCGGCCUGUUAAGAUCAACGUGGUGCUCAUGAAAGGUUUCAAUGAUGACGAGAUUUGUGAUUUCGUGGAGUACACGCGCGACCGCGAGGUUGAAGUUAGGUUCAUAGAGUUCAUGCCGUUCUCGGGCAACGCGUGGGACGACAGCAAGCUGGUCCCGCACCGCGUCGCCGUGCGCGCCCUCACCGACGGGUACCCUGACGUCACGCCGGCGCUGCCCAGACCCAACGACACUGCCAGGGUAUGGCAAGUGCCGGGGUACGCGGGCAGCGUUGGGUUCAUCUCGUCCAUGACCAACAACUUCUGCUCCACCUGCAACAGGCUGCGGCUCACUGCCGACGGGAACCUCAAGGUAUGUCUGUUCGGCGCCGCCGAGGUGUCCCUCCGCUCGGCGCUGCGCAGCGGGGCCUCCGACCACGAGCUGGAGCACAUGAUCCGCGCCGCGCUGCGGAACAAAAAGCCGCAGCACGCUGCACGAGGCGCGACGGAGCACCGGGCUGCGACCCUCACACCUCGCAAGACUUCUAAGGCCCUGUUACCUUCGGUCACCAAGAAGUUUCCCACGUUCCCGCUCCCAUCAACUCUCAAGACUUCUAUAUUCUUGGGACCACAGUCUACAAAUAUUUCCGCUAGGCUUCACUCCUCCGACGCUAGCGACGGCGACAGCGUCCUAACUCACCUGGACUCUGAAGGCCGCGCCCGCAUGGUCGACGUCGGCGACAAGGACGUGACGUCACGCGUGGCCGAAGCAGAGUGCUUCCUGCACGUCGGCGGCAGGUUACUGCGCCUGCUCCGCGACGCGCGGCUGCCCAAAGGCGACGCUCUGACCGUGGCGCAGAUCGCCGGCGUCGUCGGCGCUAAGAAGACGUCGGACCUCAUCCCCAUGUGCCACCCGCUGCCGCUGGACUGCGUGCGGGUGUCCGUGCGCCUGCCGCGGGAGCCCUGCCCCGACGGCGGGCCCAUCACCGUGCACUGCGAGGUGCGCGCCACGGCCCGCACGGGCGCCGAGAUGGAGGCGCUCACGGGCGCCGCCCUGGCCGCGCUGGCGCUCUACGACAUGUGCAAGUCCGUGGACAAGCACAUGCGCGUGACCGAGCUGCGCGUGCUGCGCAAGUCGGGGGGCAGGUCCGGCGAGUGGCCGCCCGCGGCCCAGCCCGAGCCGCGCGUGCGCGACAUCGACACGUCGCCCAACAAACCCAAGGAGACAUUCGCGCCCACUCACUUUAUGUACUUCUAAAGAAAGAAGAGACACUGUACGAGCGACUUUGACCUUAUCAAAAUAGGCAAGGUAUAACGUGUACCUGUGAACGUAUGCGCGGGUCUUUGUGUCGAGUUUAAUUUAGUCAGAUAAAAUACGUAUUUGUUACAUAGUAUGGUAAAACUGGUAAAAUUUUAUUAAAAGUCCUCUAAUUGGAAGUGUAUCAAUAAUUUCUUGCCAAACGAAGAACUGUUUCCAGUUUUACUUUGACAACAUUCCAUUUCAUAGAGAAAGCAGUAGACUUCAAAGUCACGUGAGACUACAAUAAGUGAUAAUUAGUGUUAUGUUUAUAUCGAAUUUAAUCAUAUGUUAAAGAGUACUUUAUAUAUAAGGAACUUUAUAAAAUAAGUACACAUAUUGUCAGCAGCAUACAUGUAUAAUGAUCUAGUCUAACGAAAUUUAGGACUAAAUUCUUUUAUGGAGUAGUCAAAAUUGUGUGGCAUAAAUGUUACAAACACCAAUAAACAUUAUUAUAAACAUGUAAAGUAAUUUAUGUAUAAUUGUACUUGAGAGUAUAAGAUUAUUGAAUCGAAUGUUGACCGUCUUGAUUACUUUCCAUUAUAGGUGCUAUUAGAGAUAGGGA